GUUCUGCAGCCACUAGUACUACUUGUGGACCGACCAGUGGAGUUGUUGCACAGAUUUUUUUAACAUAUCAACUAAAAAGACACAGGACCCCCUCCGCUUGCUUGUUGGACCCAUUAAGCACUGACAGCUAUUCUCCUGCUUCUUUCGUCGCUCGAGAAGCGUCUGUUUAACUUUUUUGACCCGACUUCCUUUUUAUCUUCAGAAAACAUGUCCUGGCAAAGCUACGUGGAUACACUGAUGGGCGAUGGUCGCUCCUGCCAGGACGCGGCCGUUGUUGGGUACAAAGACGACAAAUAUGUCUGGGCAUCAUGUUGCGGCGGCAAGUUUGCCAGCAUCACGCCUAAAGAAAUUGACGUGUUGUUGUCAAACGAUCGUGAAUCUUUCUUCAUCCACGGGCUGACCUUAGGCAACGUAAAAUGCUCCGUACUCCGAGAUGGUUUCACUGUUGAAGGGGAUUGGACGAUGGACCUCCGGACAAAGGAUGCAGGAGGAGGGCCCACAUACAAUAUUACUGUAGCCAGAUCUGACAAAGCAUUGGUUUUCGUCAUGGGGAAAGAAGGUGUCCAUGGAGGGAAACUCCACAUGCAAGCACAUGAUAUGGCAUUCUACCUGAGGAAGGUUGGAUACUAAAGUGUCCUGUGCCAGCCAGCCAACCCACCUACAGACCCGUCUAUCUACCACCCUGUUGCGUUUCACUUCCUGUCCUAGUUGCUAGAUACUUUUCUUCUGCUCCCUAUUCCUCACCCAAACCAUCUUAAGUUGAUCCGUAGCCAAGAUGAGUUGAUGACUAAGGACAUCACUUGACUAAGACCAGCAAAAUGAAAGCCAAACACUUUUUCUUUGGUUCCCACAAUAUGUGCUCCCCUGCAGAGUGGCCAAUGCCUUCUUUCGAUUGGGGCGCUUUAGCAGUAGCUCAUCACGUCUUCCUCCUUUCACAACAACUUUGCCUGCUGUUUUACACUCUGCUAAAGAAAAAAGCCCUUCCCGUUAAUAAAACAUUGGACACCCUUCCUCACAUCUGUGCACCCACAUCCUUGUCAAGGUGUAGUUUGGGUCAGUUAACAAUCAUCAUGUGGAGUGUUACUGUGCCUGUACACACUAAAAAUCAAAUGGACAUUCCACGGUUACUUGCUCAGGCACUUAUUACUGUUUUUCUUUUGCCAGCUCCUGUAAUGUAUGAAAGGCUAUCAUUUUGUUGGACAAUAAAUAUCUCUCUUUCUAACCA